CAAACAGUGAAUGCUUAAAGAAUGCCAAGAAAUACUUGUUGGUGCCACGCCAAAUAAGACGCUUUGCUGGACGAUUCGCCUUGGAGGAACAAGUGCUGAAGAAAUCACAGACCCAGAAGACACAAUGUUACCAUUCGACGAGAUAUUAACCAAGUAUCUGGGUGAGUUCGGUCUGUACCAGGGAUGGGUUCUCUUCCUGAUGUGCUUCGCGGAGAUCCCCGUGGGCUUCCACCAGGUCGCCUCGGUGUUCCUGGCCGCCGUGCCCGCCUACCACUGCGCGGUGCCCGGGCUCGUCACAAGCCGAGACUGCCAGCCAAUUCUCCAGGCACUGGAGAUGAGCAUCCCCUGGACUCAAGAGAAGAACGAGAGUCGGCAAUACCGUCAGUGCACAAGGUAUAAUCUUACAGAACAAGAUUACAAUGUGAGCUACGCGGACUUCUGGCAGAGCCACACCCCCGAGAGUCUGUCAGCCGGCGGGACCAUCAGCUGUGACAGGGGGUGGGAGUACGACUGUACCACCUUCACGUCUACUAUAGUCACAGAAUGGGACAUCGUGUGUUCAGGCGGCUGGUUGAAGCGCCUGACCACAGCCCUGUACAUGGUGGGGGUGAUGGUGGGAGCGGUGGUGUUUGGGGACCUGGCGGACAGGUUGGGCCGCCGCCCGUCCUACCUCCUGAGCUUGUUGAUCCAGUGUGUGUUCGGUGUGGCCGCUGCCUUCGCACCCAACCUGGCUCUCUUCGUCAUCUUCCGCUUCUUCGUGGGCGCCGCCACGUCAGGGGUCAUCAUCGUGUCUUGUGUGAUGGUUGCCGAGUUUGUGGGCCCGAGUGAGCGGGUGAAGGUGGGCGUGUUCCGCCCCUUGUUCUUCGCGGUGGGUGAAAUCAUCUUCGCGGGGAUCGCGUACGGGAUCCGCGACUGGAGAAUGCUGCAGCUCGCCAUCUCACUUCCAAACUUACUCUUUAUUCCGUACUUCUGGGUGUGCCCGGAGAGUCCGCGAUGGCUGAUGUCACGUGAUCAGCAGAGGGCUAAGGAAAUCACACUGAGCAUGGCGAGGAUGAACAAGGUCGAAGUCCCGGAUGAAGCUUUCGUAUCAGGAGAUCCCGAAUCCAUCAAGGAAGAGGCUUCUAGAAAGUACAGCAUCGUAGACUUACUGCGCACGCCCAACAUGAGGAUGAGGUCAUUCAAGUGCUUCUACGUCUGGUUCACGUGCAGUCUGGUAUUCUACGGCUUCUCCCUAAACAUCACGGACCUCAGCGGAAACAUCUACCUCAACUUCCUUAUCUCUUCCAUCAUGGAGAUCCCCGGCUACCUGUCCCUGCUGUACCUACAGGAGAGAUUCGGGCGGAAGAUCCCAGUUUUCACCUACCUGUUCCUGACGGGCCUGGGACUCAUAAUUGUCACCGUCCUCCCACCAGGUGACAGCCGUGUGGCUGUAGCGAUGCUGUCUAAGUUGUGCAUCACCGGAGGGUUUCAGGGUAUCAUGAUCUACUCCAUAGAGCUCUUCCCUACUGUUGUCAGAAACACCGGUAUGGGUUCCUCCUCCAUGGCCGCCCGUUUUGGCGCCACCAUCUCGCCCUUCCUAUGGCUCCUAGCGGAUGUGUGGCGCCCUGCACCCUACCUGCUGUUCAGCAUCAUGACCAUCCUGGCCGGGCUGCUGUGCAUGCUGCUGCCCGAGACUAAAGGUCUGCAACUGCCGCAGACUCUGGAGGAUGGGGAGGAGUUUGGGAGGGGCGUUACCAAGAAGAUGAUAGACUCAGCCCUUACUGCUCUCAAACUCAAGAAGGGAAACGUUGAGGUGGAGGACAGGGUCCAAGACACAAAGGCAUGAAGGAUAUAGAUAAGGGACGUCAGCCAAAAUUGCUGGGUGGUCUCCAUUAAGUGCAAGUUUUUAUGCAUUCAAAGCCUGUCUAAUUGCCAACAUGCAACUUAUCAACACUUCACAUAACAAACAUUUGCUUUGAUAACUUAACUGUAUAGGGAGUCAAGGACAUGUCAUCAUCAUGUAUUUAACUUUACUUUCUUAUCCUCAGCUUUAAGUGACUAAAAUAUCUUGUGUAUAAUGAUUAAAUGCACCAGUGCCAGUACUUGAUACUGGAGAGCACCCAUUGUAUAUACACCUACACUUCUCAUCAAUUGGGAAAUGUUCUGGUGUUGGUGUGAAUGCAUGUGCAGUUUGUAUGCAAGUCUAUGGGUAUGUAUAUGCAUGUUAAGGUUGUGUGUUUGCCUCUGUAUGUGGGUGAUUUAUAUACUAUAUGAUACCUCUAUCUGCAUGUGGUUGUAUAUGUAUGUGCACCUUUGUGGGGUAAUAAGCCCAUAAGACCUAACCCCAUUCCUUUGUCAAGGUGACAUCAGUAAUCAGUAGCAGGUAUGACUUCAUCAGUUGAGAGAUGGCUACCAUAAAAUAUAUGCUGUCAUAAGUGUAGUGUUCUGCAGAUUAUGACAACUUCUAAUUUGGAUGUUGUGGAAACUCCAUAUUUCAACUGGAUAUCACAGUAAUGUCAUGAGUGUUUCCAUGGAACAUCUGAUAUUGUCUAAAUGUAUAACAGUUUACAAUAUGAAGAAUUUUCUACGUGAUAAAUUUGGUACAACACACAUACACCGACAAAUGCUUCCUUACUGCAUUGUUGUAUAACAGUAAAAAGGAAGACACAUGUCAUAACUGAAUACUACAAAAUCUUACAGGUACAUGUACAGAUCACUCAACCAAACUAUUUUGGGUGGGUUCUUCCCACUUGCAGUUUAAUAGAAAAUCUAACGUGAAGAAAAUCUAUGCAUCAAAAUAUAAUGUGUGUAUGAAAAUAUAACAAUUUGGGUUACUCUACUACAGGGUAUUAGUACUAACGUUAGGCCACACCAAUUUAAUUUCUUGGUUCUCGGAUUUUUUCAGAAAAAUGUUGGGGUGGUCGGUCGAAAAAAAAAAGAAAAAAAAAUUGCAAAAAGUCUGCGAUUAACUUAUAUAACACAAAAAAAAACAAGGUAAGUAGUCAAGUUUUCAGCUUUUCAUGGCAUUAUUUAUCCAACGAAUCUCUUCCUUCGAUUUUAUACCACUGUUCUGAUCAUGUGACUGCAAAUAAGCGCUCUGAUUGGUUUAUCAGCAGUAUGUGCCCCUGGAAUGGGGUUUUUUAAAGGUCUGUAAUAGCAAACCUAUAUUAUUUUUCUUGGGACAAAAUUUUUUUUUUUCAAAUCGGAAAAAAAUGGGGCGGAAAUCCGAGAACCAACAAAUUAAAUUGAUGUGGCCUUAUAUGUAAGAAAAUAAGCAUACAAAGCAACUGUCAUGGUUUGUUCUUGAUAAAGGCACAUGAUCAUGUGAUCAUUUCCAACAAUGGUCCAAACUACAUUAUUUCUCUGUACAUGAUGAAUGGAGUUUCCAUUUCUGGCACAUAAUAAACUGGGCAGUUUCUACCUCUA